AUGCCAACACGUGAUGCUUUGUGUCGCGAAAGUUUGGAGGAACAAAUCCGAAAACAUACCGCUGCAAUGUCCUCUACAACGGCCUUGUUAAAUAUUGAAGGUUGUGAAAAUUUGAGCAACAGUGAUGAUGAUAAUAAUAAUAAUGAUGAUGGUGAUGAUGAUGAUAAUGAUAAUGAUGAUGAUGAUGAUGAUGAUGGUAUAGAAGCGGAAAGGAUAAAGAAAUCUAGCAGUACGUAUGCCGAAAAUCCGGGACCAUCAGAAAUAGUUUCUGCUAUCGUUGAACGAGGAAAUUCAUGUGAACAACAGGAUCCUACAAUAGAAUCAACAAAUAGUAUAUAUGGUGAUGAAAUUCAACCAAGUGAUAGUGGACCAAUUGCGCCAAUGAAGUUAGGUGUUUUCAAAAAAUAA